AUGAGUUAAGGGCCUACAGUCGCGAUUUCCUUGUGGUGCAACUAUUUGGAGUCAUGCUGCGUACUUACUGAGAUACAUAGGUAGCCAUUAUUUGCUCCUCAAGUUGUUAGCGAAUACUAAACUAUUUGCUCCCUCGCAUUGCCGAAGGCACGCUACUCAGCCAUACUUAGAUAUUCUUCAUUGGCCUUAUAGCCAUUGCGUCAUUGCCACAAGAAAAUUCGGUCUACACUACCAGCGCUCCACCAACGAGUCAAUCAGUCAAUUGAGAAACGCGGUGGUGUAUGGAUGUGUCUGGAUCUAUUUUGCAGCGACGGUAAAUUCAGCAAAAGACACAAAGCGCCACCAAAUUCUUCCGGCUGUUUAAGGUGGCCGCGCGUGUAGUAGCGAUGGCUGAUUUUGUUCGAAGGUGUUACGGUGAAUCCAAUGAAAAGAGCAUAGCGUGAACGAAAAAUUGCACACAUAAAUAUUUUGUAUUUGUUUACAAUUGAAAAUUAAGAAAAAAAAUACGUACUGAUUAGAUAAACGAUCGUAAAUGAGCAUUGAUUGGCCCAACGCGGUUGUGUUGUGUUAAGAAUUUGUUAUUGUUGGCGGCAGCAUGGUGUAUGUUAUCUUAAAACAACACAGUUUUGAAAUGAAGUGAUCCUCAGGCGAUCAAUUAUUGCCUGCUUACAAAAUUUAAGUGCGUCUCUUUGUUUAAAAUUUCUGAAAAUCGCGACCGAAGAAAGCAUAUGUGAAGUGUAAACUACCUCUAUAACAUAAAAAAAAAGUUAAAUAAUUCCUCCCUUGUAAUUAUUUCACGCUGACAUCUAGACCCACACCUCUCCCCCUCCAUCGAUUGCAGUUUAAUGUCUUUGCUGGCACUGAUUUUGCUAUGCGUCGCUGGCAGUCACAUCACAGGCGUUCUGGGCGUGCUUGAGGAUAGCGCUGCAGCUGCGCGCCGUUUGGUCAGCGCGCCAAUAUGCUGCCCUUUGGGCUGGUCCCUUCUCAAGCUCAAUAUGGGCUUCUUUAGGCCCGAACUUUACGAGUGUCGUAAUGUGUUUCAUAACGGUGAUGAAAAAAAGGUAAACGAUAAAGAAACCGAAAAUUCCAUUGAGGUUUUCGAACGCACUGCGCCAGUCUAUGGCUAUCACAUUCAGUCGCCCGAGCUAGACCAGGACGGUAAUUUCACCGGUCAAGUGCCGCAAUGUGCUCGGCAAACAUUUCUCUUCCUAACAAGCGACAAGGAGGUGGAGUUGCCACCCAGCGCCUGCCUUACAAGUGUUGAUCAACGACUUGCGGCCAUUUUUUGUCCACCCGCGCGUGGCGAGGUGCUACAAUCACUGAGCGUCGUGCACAAGUGUUGCCCGCUGCGUUACGUAUACGACACAGCAUCUCAGAUGUGCAUACAAAGUGUGGUCGAGCAGAGCUUUCAACGCUAUGGCAGUUUGUUGCAACAGUGGGCCAUCUUCGUGGAUGGCGCGGUGCAAUGUGAGCAUGAUAUGGUGCUGGUUGAGUAUCAGCUAAGUGGAAAAGAAUUGAAAUUCAUCGACGGCAAAUUAGCCAUUGCCAUUGGUAAUGAGUGGAAAAAAUUCCAGCUAUCCGAAUACUGCAUGGAGACAAUCGAAACGCUGCCGUUCGAUGUGUAUGAUGUGGGCGAACAGCGCUUUUUAGUCCGUACUUGCCAACAGCGGCGCGUAUGCCAGGGUAUGGCAUGCAUUCGUCGCUGCUGUGAGGAUGGUGAAUUUUUUACAAAAGGCAAUGCGACGUCAUACUGCAAGCGCGACGAAUCGGAUGUGGGCUUCCAUAGUUUCGAGAGCCUGCAAAUAAGUGGAAACUUCACAAAACCUCCAGUGUUUGGCAUUCUACGUGGUUUGGAUUGCAAGAAAUUCCUCCUGAAUCCCGAUUUGUACAGCGCCGAUGCACACACCAUCAAUUCCAAUGACGGCUCGCUAUUUGUUGCAAAUGGCAUGCAAAAUUACUCAAACAGCCAAUAUUGCGUUGAAAAGAUACGCAACUCCUCGUUUGGCGAACAGAAGCUCUAUACAUUCCUUUGCUUCGACUCGAAAGUGGUUGGCAAUGACAAGAUUCGUUUCAAAAUGUAUCCAAUUGGAUUGUUGAUCUCAUGCUCUUUCUAUGCACUUACACUGGGCGUGUAUUUAUCCAUUUCGCGUUUGCGUAAUUUACCCGGAAAAAUUUUAAUCUGCUUAGUAAGUAAUUUAUUUGCAGCUUAUUUGGGCAUAGCAUUGGGCCAGCUCAUACCAACCAACAACGACAAUGUGUGCUUUCUAUCGGGAUAUUUUAUAUACUUUUGUUUGAUGGCCGCAUUCGCAUGGAUGAAUGUAAUGUGCUUCGAUAUCUGGCAGACUUUUGGGACAGCAAAAAACAAGCGCGGAUUUCAGAAAAACAAGGAAACGGGUCGGUUUCUUCUAUACGCGCUCUAUGGUUAUGGUUUACCUACGCUAAUGACUGUGAUUACAGUAUCACUGGCCAAAUCUCAUUUUUUGAGCGAGAAUUUGCGUCCGAAUUUCAAGCAAGGCCGAUGCUGGUUUACAUAUGGCACACUUGCUUCGGCGAAUUUACUUUUCUUUUCGGGACCUAUUGGUGUGCUCUCACUUAUCAACUUUGUGCUCUUUCUGCUGACGCUACGCUACUGCAAUCGAGUGAAACGUGAAAUUUUCCGAAUGCAAAGUUCUAAUGCCGAGAAACCGAUGCUGCGACGUCGUUUCUUUGUCGAUAAGGCUCGCUUCGCUAUGAAUACCAAACUAUUCAUUGUGAUGGGCAUUACUUGGUUCUUAGAACUGUUGAGUAUCGUGCUAUACGAUCGCAAGAAAAUGUUCUUUUGGGUUAUUAGCGACUCAUUCAAUGUGCUGUUGGGCGUCUUUGUAUUCUUCAUAUUUGUCUUCAAGAAGCGCAUUUGGCAUACAAUACUUGCAAAGCUGGGUUUUCGUUCUAGUGAGAGCCUAAAAACGCUACCUCCCGUCACCUGCGCUACACAGUCCACUUAUGCGCCACAUAGCCUAUCAAUGACGCGUCUAAAUGCCAUCGAAGGAAAUCUGUCAUUGCUUUGCAAUGCGGCCAAGAAUUAGUUUAAGUACUUAUCUGUACACAUAUUUGUUCUCCUCCCACACUUAUAUGUAUGUAUGUAUGCAUGUACGUCAAAAUGUGUAUACCCUACGUCCGAGCUGUUGACGCUUAAUAAAUAGCUUCUGGUCACGAAAAUCUAUGUAUGUACA